AUGAACGUGAGCCAUGCUUCGGUUCACCCAGUUGAAGAAGUUCCAACGACUGAUGGUGGUGCUGACCAAAACGUCAACGCUCCGAGGGUGAGGAUGAAGGAUGUUCAAGGCAUGCCAGGCACUGCCGGUGGCCUAUCUCUGCGUCUUUCUCAGUUUGUUUUCGCUGCUGCUGCUCUCUCGAUCAUGGCCUCCACUAGUGAUUUCCCUUCUGUCACUGCUUUCUGGCCAGGUAGAACUUGGCACCCAAAACAGAAAGGAUUUGGUUCAAUUAUCAAGUUUUGGAUCAAGGAGAUUCCAAUUUUGGAAAUGUUUUCAGAAGUUUCUUUCCUAUUUGAGCAAAACUUUACUGUUGCGCCAAGGCUAGCCCCACUUGGAUACUUGAAAAUUAAUGCUUAUAAAUUUUCAUUGUGGCGUCUUCUACAUGAGCAUGGAUUUAAGUGGCAUGUGGAUCUGGAUUAUUACCUUGUUGCUGCCGCCGGCUUGCAGACUUUGUGGAGCUUUUCAUUGGCUAUUACUGAUGUGUAUGCCCUUUUAGUAAGGCGUUCCUUGCAGAACUAUCGAAUUGUCAGUUUGUUUACAAUUGGUGAUGGGCCAUGUGUAACACACUUUUCAAAAACUGAUACCGUCUCACACCGUUUACUUUUUGUUAAUCUCAAAGAAUAG